AUGUGGGUUCUAAGGAGGCAGGGCGGGGCUCUAAAUGGAGGCUUGGGUGGGGGGACUAAGGGGGCGGGGCUCGGCUCCCAACUGCGGCUGAGCGGGGGUGGGGGUGGUGGGAGUGGGCUUCUGAGAGGGCGGGGCGCUCUGCGAAGGCGGGGCUCUGGGAGCAGCCUGGGCGAGGGGUAUCCUGAAGGGGCGGGGCUGCAGGGGGGGCGGGUUGCGAGGGGGGCGGUGCGCGCCGCCGGGACAGGGGUUCUGUGGGGGCGUCGAGGGGCGGGGCUUCCCUUGGCGGCGGCGCGCGGCUGCGGGCUGCUCGGGGGACUGGGCGCGCGGGCUCGGCUCGGCUGCUCUCGGCACAGCUCGGGCUCCGGCGGCGGCGGCGGCGGCGGCGGCGGCGGCGGUCCGGCCCCGGCUCCGGCUCCUAGCAGCAGCGCCUUCGCGUCCUGCCCCGCGCGGCGGAGCCGCUCCCCGCUCCCUCUCUUCCUCGUUCGUCCUCUCCUCUAG